UUGUGCACAGGGCAAAAAGUCCUCUGUCGCUCACAAGGACCACAUCUAUGACAACCAGUUCCAGAGCAGUAUUUCAGAUCCUGAUGGUCCUGGUUACGGGCUUUUAAACAUAACCAGAAAACACAUAAAGCCAAUGAACUUCCAAGAAGAAGUGCGAGCUCACAGAGACCUGGAUGGCUUCCUGGCUCAGGCCAGCAUCCUGUUGGACGAGAAAGCUGCCACUCUGGACGAGGUCCUGAAACGCAUGCUGACCCAUGUGAUGGAGGACGGACAUGAAAGCUGGGACACAGAUGAGGUCAUGGGCUCUCUCUUCACAGAUGCUGGUGGAAAAGAGGUCAAUGUGCACCUUCUGUCAGAGACUAUUCAGGGUGUAACAGCUACUUCCACUGGCAUUCGGUACCAGCAGUCCUGGCUUUGUAUCCUGUCCAAUGUGAGGAGCCUCCAAAGACGUUGUAUCUGCAUUGCCCGUUUGGAGAGGCCUCAGAACUGGGGAGUCAACUGCUGUGAGGCUCGUUACGUCAUCCUCAUUCUUGCUCCCCCCAGAACAAAAAGCACCAAGACAGCCAUUGAGCUGGGCAGGACAUUUGCCACCAUGUUCUCAGACAUCUCUUUCAGGCAGAAACUUCUGGAGACCAAGACGCAGGAGGAGUUUAAACAGGAACUAGUCUACCAGCGACAGCAGCUCUCCAUAGCUAAUGAGAAGCCCGUCGUUGAGGAAGUGGAGGAUACAGACCCACGUAAAGGCAGACCACUUCAGUGCACAGAUUUCUUCAAAGUGGGUAAAGGUAUCUAUGAUGACAUCCGUCGCCGACUGCCUCUCUAUCCCUCAGACUUCACUGAUGGUAUCAUUGGGAAGGACCGCUCCCUACUGAAGUACACCACCACUGCCAUCUUCCUCUACAUUGCCAUUCUACUGCCUGCUAUUGCCUUUGGGUCAUUAAAUGACGAGAGCACAAGAGGAGAGAUAGAUGUCCAGAAGACCAUUGUAGGCCAGAGCAUUGGAGGAGUGAUCUAUUCCCUGUUUGCUGGCUCGCCGUUAGUCAUCCCACUGACUACAGCACCACUUGCCAUAUUCAUAAGCGUGAUCAGAGGGAUCUGUGAUGACUACGACCUUGACUUUGAUGCUUUCUACGCUUGCAUCGGUUUAUGGAACAGUCUCUUCCUCAUCCUUGGGGGCUUAUUUAACGUCAGCCUGCUGAUGAGACUCUUCAAACGCUCAACGGAAGAGGUCAUUGCAUUGUUUAUCUCCAUAGCCUUUGUCGGGGAUGCGGUGAAAGGCACUGUCAAAAUUUUUAACCAUUUCUACCAUGGGCCCACACUGGCUACCACCAACAGCACUUUGGUGCUUCAGCAGAUUAAGGAUAUUCUCGAACAGGCUCAGAGUAGGACGGGGUCAAAGCUUGGCCAUGGGAAUGAAACAGAGAUCCUGACGGAGCAUGUGGAGGGACACAUGUCUGUGUUUCUGCCUGAGACUCUGGUGCUGACUACCAGGGAGAGACCCAUCCUCUGUCUUCUGCUCAUGCUUGGGACUUUGUGGCUGGGCUAUGCGCUCUACCUCAUCAAGAGAAGCCCAUAUCUGAAUGACAAAAUCAGAGAGGUGAUAUCUGACUGUGCGUUACCCAUCUCUGUGGUGAUAUUCUCAUUCAUUGGCUCCUACCUUUUCCUUGACAUACAACUUCCUGUUUUCAAUGUCCAUGGCGGCCCAGUCUUCAAUUUUGCUCCAUUCAACAAGCUGACAGGAAUGAACACUCUAAGUGCAGUGGGCCUGGGCUUUCUGCUGGCAUUGCUGAUCUUCAUAGACCAGAACAUCGUCAUUUCACUCACACACGUGCCAGAGCACAAGUUGCUAAAAGGCACAGCAUUCCACUGGGACCUGAUGCUGACUGGGUUCAUCAACAUCCUCAUGUCUUGUCUGGGUUUGCCGUGGAUGCAUGCGGCCUUUCCACAUUCGUCUUUGCAUGCCCGUCAGCUGGCCAAAGUGGAACAGCAUGUAGAGAACGGACACCUCUACACAACUAUUGUCAGUGUGAAGGAGACACGUCUUACCUCGCUGGUUGCCAACAUCCUGAUCGGUCUGUCUGUGUUCAUGCUUCCCGUGCCAUUGCAGUGGAUUCCCAAGCCCGUUCUUUAUGGCCUCUUCCUCUACAUCGCUGCCACCUCUCUUGAUGGAAACCAGAUGGUGGACCGCAUGGCCCUGCUUCUCAAAGAACAGACAUCAUACCCUCCAACGCACUACAUUCGCCGUGUGCCUCAGAGGAAGGUCCACUACUUCACUGCAUUGCAGAUGAUCCAGCUGAUCAUUCUGUGUGCCUUCGGGAUGUAUCCUCUUCCCUACAUGAAGAUGGUCUUCCCCCUGCUCAUGAUCUUGCUCGUCCCAGUCAGGACCAACUUGCUCCCAAGAGUGAUUGAAGCCAAAUACCUUGACAUCAUGGAUGCCCAGCACAUGUAGAAAAAAAUGGAGCAA